UAUCUGUUGCUGCAAAAUUUCAGUUUGAUAAACACUGCCGAGGGAUCGUUGAAGCGCUAAAAACACAGAACACGGUACGCUGUUUGCGAUACUGCCACCACACGAAGAUUGAUAGUGAUGAACUCGAGCGUGGAAAAAGUUGGUUCCCCUGACGGUAGCAUGAUGUCGGAUGCGGCAAUUACGAUCAAACCGAUGGAUAGUACAGUGGGCCAACGUGGAUCACUUACGGAAAGCUACGAGACGGUCGGAGGAUCGGUCCAGCGGGAUGCAGUAACACUGACCGUGGACGGUUUCGGUACAGUAAAACAUCCAAAGACGGGCACGAUCGAGACGGUGAAGCGGUUUACAUGGCGAAACAACCACGGAAUGUCCGUGCAGGUGAUAUCGUACGGUGCCAUCAUCACCACGAUGCAGGUGCCUGACCGUACUGGCCGGAUCGACGACGUGGUGCUGGGUUACGAUGACAUUCCCGGAUAUCAGACGGCGAACAAUCCGUACUUUGGCGCGACUGUCGGACGCAUCGCGAAUAGAAUCGGUGGUGGCAGGUUUACGCUCAACGGGCAAGAGUAUCAGGUGACGAAGAACUUCGACAAUCGGCACCAGCUACACGGGGGUAAGGUUGGUUUCGACAAGUACAACUGGGAGUCGUUUGUCGAUGGUACGGUGGUCACAUUGACGCACACCUCUCCGGACGGCGAUGAAGGAUACCCGGGCACGGUGAUGGUUAGUGUGCGGUACGAGCUAACGGAGGAUAACCGAUUUUUGGUGUUGUUUAAAGCCGUGUCGACCAAGCCUACUCCUAUAAACCUAACCAAUCACUCGUACUUCAAUCUGGCGGGUCAUGCGACAGGACACGAAGAAAUCUAUCGACACAUCGUUAGCAUCAACGCAGAUAAGAUUACGGAUACGGAUGCUGACUCAAUACCGAGCGGGAAGUUUAUCUGCGUUGGUGGCACACCGUACGAUCUUCGUAUUCCACGCGAGCUCGGUCCCUCAAUGGCAAAAACGACCGGUGAAGGUUUCGACGAUAACUUCUGCAUCACCAAAGGCACCGAGCAGGGUCGCACGUUCACGGCACGUGUCGUUCAUCCUCAUAGUGGCCGAGUCCUCGAGGUGUACACCGACCAACCGGGCGUACAAUUUUACACGAGCAACUUUAUGCCGGAUCCCAACAAGAAUAUUCGGCCAAAACCGAUGAACGCCCCGGAAUAUUACGACGUGACUCGCCUAGAACCGAUCGUACCUGAAGGAACUCGCGAUCCUCCGAUUCGUGGAAAGGCCGGAGCCAAAUACUGCAAACAUGGUGCCUUUUGCUUGGAGACGCAAAAUUUUCCAGAUGCGAUUAACCACGCUAACUUCCCUUCGUCAGUGCUAAACCCUGGCGCGGAGUACGUGCAUGAGGUAGUGUACAAAUUUGACCUGUUGCGUGAAUAAAACAAGGUUCCAAUC